AUCAUUAUUGUCUUUAAGAUCCAAAGUGACUACUGAAAGACAUACUAGGCAAAGAGAGAGAGCCAGCUAGUAACAACUAAGCAUGAUUUUGAACCUCUCUAACUAAAAACUCUCAAUAUAUAACCAACUAAUCAUAUUUUCUUUGCAUCUAUCCAAUAAAGAAUGGCUUUUCUGCAAGACAAAAUACUCUAUUCAGGUCUCCUAGUCUUCUGCAUGACCAUAUUGGUGUCUUCACAUAGUAGACCUUACUCGCCCUCAGGUGUUGCACAUUUAACAGAUUACUUUCCACAUGUCUCAAUUUAUCAAGGCUUUUCUAAGUCCUUUGGAGGCUCAAAUAUCCAGCUAAUCAGUAAUGGUUCUAUGGCCAAUCUUGCUCUUGACAAAACAUCAGGAGCUGGAUUGGUCUCAAAAAACAAAUAUUACUAUGGAUUCUUCAGUGCUGCAAUUAAGCUGCCAUCUGGUCUCUCAUCUGGAGUUGUAGUAGCCUUCUAUUUGUCAAAUGCAGAUACUUUCCCUCAUACCCAUGAUGAGAUUGACAUAGAGCUGCUUGGUCAUGAGGAAGGAAACGACUGGGCCUUCCAAACAAAUAUAUACGCUAAUGGAAGUGUAAGCACUGGAAGGGAAGAGAAAUUCUAUCUCUGGUUUGACCCAACAGAGCAGCAUCAUCAAUACAGCAUCAUCUGGAACAGCUAUCAUACAGUGUUUCUAGUGGACAACAUACCUGUAAGAGAGUUUAUUCACAAAAGUGCCUUCCCUUUUGUUUAUCCAUCAAAACCCAUGUCAGUUUAUGCAACAAUUUGGGAUGGCUCAGCGUGGGCAACUCAUGGAGGAAAAUACCCAGUAAAUUACAAAUAUGCUCCAUUUGUAGUUUCUUUUGCAAAUGUGGAAAUGAGUGGCUGCAUAUGGAAUCCAACAGCUCCAGUUUCUUCAUGUUCUAAGGCUGGUACUUCUAGUUAUGACCCUGUUGAGGGACCAGAGUUUGUUAAGCUAUCAAAGCAGCAGAUUGAAGCAAUGGACUGGGCAAGAAGGAAGCUAAUGUUCUACUCUUAUUGUAAAGAUAAACCCAGAUUUAAGGUCCUGCCACCUGAGUGCAAGUAAAAGAUAUUUUGGCAUUCAUAUUUAUUAUUUAGUCAUUUGUGAAAGUGCAAUUGAAUAACGUUGAAAGGCAUUUUCACACUAAGAACACUACUGAUAGAUAUCAAAUAAACCAAAAUGUUUAUAUGGUA